CAUUUUCUCCACCACGAGUAAUAAUCUCAUGCCACUGGUACCCCACGAGAGGCGGGGGUCCUUGUCCUCCUGUCUCCCGGGCGAGGACCUCAACCCCUUCCCCCGCUCGGGGACCCCGGCCACCCGCAGCCCGGCCGCGCUGCGCCCAGAAACCGAUGAGUCUUCCUCAGCAGCUGCCGAAACUUGCGGCGGUUGCUUGCUCACCUUUGCUGCCUCCCCUUCAGAAAGGGCUGGAGGGGAGGGCGAGGAAGGCUUGGCGUGGGGCCGCCCGUCGAGUCUCUCAGUGAGGAAUGAGAGGCCAGCUUCUCCCGCGGGGUAUGAAGGAGGAACUGUAUCUCCUAUAUAUAUUAAGUUUCAUUUAUUAAAACAUCAGAGAGCACCUGAGAAUGUUUCAAGGUCACCAAAAGCUUUCCGAAAAUGGCUUUCUGCAAAGAAGAUUUCCAAAGACAGAAAGUAACUCAGGAAGCUUAGAAGAGGUCAACCUGGGAAGACAGGAUUCUUUCUCCCCACUGUGACUCUGCAGGAAGCGAUAACCUCCCCUCCGGGCAAGGUCGACCCUCCAAGUCCAGAUGAGAAGAGUUCCCUCUGUCUGCUCUUUCCUCUGCCUUAUGACCCAGAGGUUUUGCAGCUGCGAUCCUGGCAGCCCCUGGCCUCCUCAGGGAGCUGCGGAAUUCAAGCCCUGGAAAUGGAGCUCUGCUUUCAGCUGCACCUGGGUCCUGACCUGCUUAAGACAGGCCUGUCUGGACCUAAGAGAACCCCACUGCCACCCACUCAGCUACUCCCUAACAGACUGCAGAGACAAAGUCUUUUUCAUUUCUUUAUAUUCAUUGACUCCUCGAGUCAUUGAAACUCAAUAAAUAUUUACUGAGCACCUACAAUGUGCCAGACACUGUGAUAGGCACUGAAAAAAGGGCAAAGGACGAGCAGAUAAAUUUCCUACUUGCAGGGAACGCUGUGGUAGUGAGUAAAAUGAGACAUAGGAAAUAAACACAUAAAUAUAUAAUAUGUCCAAUGGCGAUAAUUGAUGUGAAGGAUGAUUAAGCAAAACAAAGAAAUGCAGAGACAGGGAAGGGGCAUCUAUCUGGUAUGAAGUAGUCAGAGAAGGCCUCUCUGGUCAGAUGACAUUUGGGCAGAACCUGGGGCCUGUCUCAGCACCACCUGUCCCUUCCUCAGCCACUUGCUCCCUGCAGCCACCACAGGCCCCUGUGGUUUUCCUGCCUGAGGCUCACCAGCCACAGGCCUAGAAUAUCUGGCUUCUCUCCCCAUGUCCAAACUCAGCAGAAAUGCCAAGCUGCAGGGCCUUGUUUCCCGAGCAACUGCCAAUGGGGCUGAAUGAUGCAACACGGAAAGGAAGAGGAUUUAAUUCCCCCUGAAUGGACUUUGACCAGUGGGAGACAGGAAACAGGAGAUUGGAGGAUACUGGGCAGCUGAACUGCCUCUUCCUUUCCCCCUCCGUCUGGUGCACAAUUUCUCCACACAGCCUGCUGUGUGGCCAAGCCUGUGCACCGACUGAGUGUUAUGGGUUCACCUAUGUUCCCCAAAGAGAUAUGUCGAAGUCCUAACCCCCAGGAACUGUGAAUGUGGCUUUAUAGUAUUUGGAAAUAGGGUCUUUGCUGAUGGAAUCAAGUUAAGAUGAAGUCAUUAAGGGAGUGGGGGCCUAAUCCAAUCUCUUGUUCUUAGAAGGAGAAAGACAGAGACACAUCAAGAGAAGAUAGUGAGGUGACAUUGGAGGCAGAGAUUGGAGUAAUGUAUCUAAAUGCUAGGCAACACCACAGAGAGCCUCAAACACUAAGCCUAGAAGAGGCAGGGAAGGAGCCUCCCCUACAGGUUUCAGAGGGAGCAUGGCUUCGCCAUACUUGAAUUUCAGACUUCUAGCAUCCAGAACUGUGACACAAUACAUUUCUGUUGUUCUGAGUGACAACAGUGUGUGGUGCGUUACUACAGCUGCUCUGGAAACUAACAUAUUGAGCGGCCAGCUGUGUGAGAUUGUACCUCCCAAGUAACCCUCUAAGCCUUAACCUUUGCCCAGGCCUCUGUUUCCAGAGAACUGUGACAAUGAUAGGUAGACCUGAAUAAAGCAAAGGAUGGUAUCUACAGGGAUAUUUGAGGCAGGGAGUGCUGACAAGGGAGGAGCUAGUGCAAAGGCCCUGAGGUGGCAGUAUGCUUGGCGUGUUGGAGGAGCAGGAGGGCGGCCAGGGUGUUUGGGGAAUGAAUAAGGGCAAGAGUGUUCAGAGAAGAAGUCAGAGAAGGGACCAAAGACAUGUUCUCUAGGGCCAGAAAGGCAUUUGGAUCUUUUCAACAUUAUCUUCUUGACAUGUAAUUUAUAUAGUAGUAAAAUGAAGAAAAUGGGUGACUAUUUUGUGAUUUUUUUAGAUAUAUAAAACCAUGUGAUCACCAUCCAGAUCAAAUGUUGAACAUUUCCAUCACCCCAGAGAGUUCACUCCUGUUACCUUCCAGUUGGUACAACUUACCAAUCCUGAAGCAACCACUACUCUCUAUCACCAUAAAUUUGUUUUAACCUGUUCCUUAAUGGCAUAUAAACGAAACAACAUAGCAUGCUUUUGCUCAAAAUAGUGCUUGUGAGGCUCAUCCAGGUUGCUGUGUGUAUACUUCAAUUAUUUUUAUUGCUGAGUAGUAUUCCAUUGCCUGGAUAUAUCACAAAUUAUUUAUCUAUUCUUCUGCUGAUGAAUAUUUGAGUUAUUUGCAGUUUAGGCCUGUAAUAAAUGAAGUUUCUAGGAACAUUUAUGUUUUCCUCUUAUUUUGGUUGUAUGCAAUCAUUUCUCUUGGUAUAAACCUAGCAGUGUACUUUCUGGGUCGACUGGCUUAGGUUUAGGUUAACUGUGUUCGUUUAUACCAUUUCAUACUCCUGCCAGCAAUAUAUGAGUUCCAGAUAUUCUGCAUUCUCACCAACACUUGGAGCCUUUCUGGUAGGUGUGUAGUGGUAUUGAAUUGUGCUUUUAAUAUGCAUUUUCCUGCUGACUAAUGCACUCCUUUUUAUAUGCCUAUUAUUCACAUAUCUCCUUUUAUGAAAUACGCGUUCAAGUGUUUUGUUCACAUUUUAUGUUUUUGUUAUGGCCACAUCUCACUUCCAGAAUCUGUAUUGGUUAUCUAUCGCAGCAUUUAAAAAGUACUCUAAAGCUUAACAGCUAAAAACAACAAACAUUCGUUCUUUCACACAAUCUCUGAGGGUCAGGAACCUGGGUGCAGCUUCAUGGGAUGGUUCUGGCUCAGGGUCUCAGGUUGCAUUUGAGCUGCUGAGGUUGCAGCCCUACCUAUCAAAGCUGAACCAGAGCCAGACUCCAUGUCUGAACUCACUUAUGUGAGCUUCAGCGUGAGAAAUGUAUGAAUUUUGUUUGACAAAAUAUUGAAAAGCUUAACAACUUCCUCCUACUCUUAUUGGCCUCUUGGUGCCCAGUAUCUCAGUCUGAAAAAUCUCAUCUAUAGGAAUAAAUGGCAGGAAAGACAGAACCAAGGCCCCACAGCUAUCAGGGAGGUUGGCAGAUGAGUGAGGAAAAAGGGGUGUCAGCAAUCUAAAAAUAUUCAGGCUCACAGAAAUAUAACUGAAAUGACUCACUUUUAUCAAGAUCCUGCCAUCUCACUUAGCAGCUUAAAAAAAUAAUAGAUCACAGCAGAAUGUUUCAAAUUCUCCAUAAAUGGCCAUGUGAUCCGGCAACCUACCUGUGGAAAUUUAUGCCAAGAUUAGAAUCUACAAAACACAUACAGAGACACACAUUAAAGUAUUAUUUAUUAGGAAUCUAAAUUGUGGAAUCAUUAAAGAGAAUACAUAUUCCCUCAAAAGAAUACCAUGGCGUUAUUAAAAGUAGUCAUUAUGAGUGGUUAGGAUAUAAUAUAAUAUUACAGGAAAUUCUUAGGAUAUACCAUUAAGUAGAAAAACUUUUCUUCCCAGCUUUUCAAUGUGAAAAUUUUUGAACUUACAGAAAAGUUGUAAGACCAGAAAAAUAAAUGCUUGUAUAGCCUUCAUCUAGAUUCUCCAACAGUGACCACAGUUGCCACAUCUCUUUAAGUGUAAUGCACCUCCUUUGAGAGUAAGUGCAGACAUUUUGACACCAUGGUCUAAGUACUACAACACUUAUCUAAAAUUAUCGAAGGAAACUCUUGUACAGUUUUCACACUCAAGACAUUUAACUUUGAUAUAAAGUUUAUAUUCAAAUUUCUCCAAAAGAUUUAAAACUAUCUUUUUGGCUUGUUUUAGCCAGGACUCAAUGGAGAAUUGAGCAUUGCAUUUAGUUGUUGUGCCUCUUUAGUCUUUUUUGAUCUAAAACAAUCCCUCAACCAUUUAAAAAAAUUCUUUAAUGACUGACAUUUUUAAAAGACUCUGGAGCAGUUAUUUUACAGAAUAUCCUUCAAGUUGGAUGUGUCUAUUUCCUCAUGAUUAGAAAUUACAUGAACUUUUUGGCUAAAUUCUCCAUUUUAUUUUGUGUUCAAAAUAUAUUACUCUUUCCCAUGUCCUGUGAAAAUAAAAAAUCUCUAAUGUGUUUGUGAAAAAGAUUCAACUAAGAUUUUGUUAGGAUGCAGUGUGUUUUGGACUUAGGUGUGUGUAUCUGAAUUUCGUCCUUUGUCAUCAAGAAAAUAGUAUAAUAACUAAGAACAUGUAGCUUAAGAAAUCCAGGCACUUGAGAGCCACCGUAAGUAAACCUAAUUCCCACAGCAGAAA